AUGAAGGUGAUGUCUGUCCUUGCUGUCGUCCUCUUCCUCUCCGCCGCAACAGGGUUGGUCCACCAACUCGUGGAGCACAACCACUGGAACGAGCUCCGAGAUGGCAUCCACAAAUCCCCCCAAAAGCAAAAGGCCAUACCACCUCUCGUCAUCGACACCUUUCAGAGCCCUACACACAAUGACCUGGGAUUCUGGCACGGUUCUGGUGAGAACCUGACCGUCGAGCACAGUCCUGGCUUCGUGCGCUUCACCCCGACAGAUCCAGAUCAGAACUUCCAUACCCAGUUCGACACACACGGCUGCUUCAGUCUCUGGCCAUGGCAGAAUCAGUUCCUGCAUGUUGUCUUUGAGGGCACGGAUAAGUUCAGUGUUUCACUUAACGAACACAAUGCCGAGUGCAACCCCCGUCGUCGUCCGUUCCCUGGUGUGCCAGAUACAGUGGAAGCUGCGCGAUAUGUGAUGAGGACUAUUGUCAGUGGAGAUGGUGAGCCCAGUCAAAGCAGAAACUCAACUACUCAACGAGGCAAGUCACACUCGCCCGCAUGGAACAAGAGCCGAAAGAACGAUGGGCAUACUCGGGUGCCCGGUCCAUAUAGCAAGACCGAGCUCUACAUCCCUUUGUCUCAUUUCCACAUUGAGCAAAACCGUGUGAUGUCUGUUUCGUUCCAUGGCUUCUACACCCAGGAGCCAAUCACUCUGCACCGCGUCGAGAUCGUGCCUAUGGUUCCUUCGCCAUCGCCGGAGAAUGAGUACUUCAGAAUACCGAGCAAAUUACCGAGCGGCAGGCUUGUUUUUCGUUGUUCGCGGCCGGGUUCUUUUGCGUUUGGCAUUGACGAUGGACAGCCGCAGCUUGCGCAGGAAGUCAUGCAAAUCCUAGACAGGGAGGAUGUUCGAGUUACUUUCUUCGUUGUGGGUGCUGGACUCCGGGACCCCGAGACAAAUUUCACUCAGGUAUACCGUGAGAUGUUGCAGAAGGGACACCAAAUUGCACUGCAUUCAAACACUCAUCCCAAGAUGGAGGCACUCCCGACUGUGGGGGAAAUCGACGACGAGAUCCUGCAGACAAUGCAAAUUUUCAAAGAAAGGCUCGAUGUCGAGUCAUCAUACUUCCGUCCACCCUAUGGAACCGUCGGCGCCCGCAUGCGCCAGCAGCUCGCCCAGCAUCUUCCCAACCCCUACAUUGUGAACUGGAGCGUCGACGUAGAGGACUGGCUGUGGGCCAAUACCACCACGCCUGAGAAACAACUCGAGGCAUUCACAAACAGCGUCUCCAGGGGAGGCAACCUCGCCGUCAUGCACUAUCUCAACCCGACCACGGUCCAGUAUCUGCCGCAGUUCAUUCGGUUGGUUAAGAAUGCAGGGCUGCAAAUUAUGCGCGUUGAUCAGUGUUUAGGCGAUGGACCGCCGUUGUGA